GCUGUAAAGGUUUAAACAUGUACAUGCAGAUUUAAGAGGAUUUUCAUAUGGAGUGUGAGGCACGUACUACACGCCUAAGUUAGCAAACUCUAGAUCUGACGUUUUUUUUUAUUUUUUAGUAAUAAUAAUAAAUCAAAUACAUUUUAGUUAUAGUGAAUCUUGUACCAAUUUUAUGCCAAAGCGUUUCUAAGUUUUUCUAUUAUGUGAUUUGACUUUUCACAAGUGGACAUGUCAACGCAUUUCAUGUAAUAUUUUGCUGUUAAACUCCAUAUUUCCAAACCAAUUAAAGAACAUUUGUUACUGUAUCACAUUUGGUUUUUAAUACAGAUCCAAACUACUUACAUCAGUGUAAUGACGCUGUGUUGUUUUUAGAAUGAAAGCACAUUGUGCAAUUUACUGUACUGACAAAACAAGUAAACAACCAAACAAUAAUUCUGUAAUACCAUUUGUCCUGUCCGGGAAUUUCACCCGGUUACCUAUAAAUAAGAGACUUUGUGGGCAGAUUAUUUACAGAUUAUUAGCAGGAAGUACAAGGAAAGGAAGGAGGUGCGCCAGCAGGUUUAUUUAGCAGAUUAUCUUUUAAAAUAAUUCAUAUCUACAGUGCAAUGGGGAUCGCUUGAUAACAAGACAGUGCCUUAUGUAUCUAGAUUAUAUACAUUAUGUCUACUAAGAAGGCCAGGUAGAUCAUACACCUGCUUGAAGAGAUUUAUUUUUGUCAUUUUAAAAGCCAGGCCUGAGCAACUAUGGGAAUUGUUGUAGAGGGUGGAGAGACGGUAGGAGCCCCAGAUGGUGGCUGGGGCUGGAUCGUUCUACUUGGAUGUUUUGUCGUCACUGGCUUUUCAUAUGCCUUCCCGAAAGCUAUAAGUGUGUAUUUCAAAGAACUGAUGAAGGACUUCGAAUGUGGAUACAGUGACACAGCCUGGAUUUCAUCUAUAAUAUUAGCAAUGCUGUAUGGUUCAGGUCCAAUCUGUAGCAUUAUGGUUAAUAAAUUUGGAUGCCGCCCAGUCAUGUUGGUUGGAGGAUUGCUGGCCUCAGCAGGGAUGAUAAUUGCAUCUUUCACUACUAACAUUAUCCAGCUUUACCUCACUGCAGGUGUCAUUACAGGUCUUGGACUGGCUUUGAACUUCCAGCCAUCACUGAUUAUGCUGGGGUCUUAUUUUGACAAACGCAGACCACUUGCUAAUGGACUGGCGGCAGCUGGAAGCCCUGUAUUUCUGUCAGCUCUUUCUCCAUUGGGACAAGUGCUGCUCAACAACUAUGGAUGGAGAGGAGGCUUUCUCAUCACCGGUGGUCUUCUGCUCAAUUGUUGCACCUGUGGAGCAGUUAUGAGACCUCUGAUAUUCAAAGAAAGGAAAGUGAUAGCCAGUUCACAAGAGCUGAAGGAAAUGCUGCCUCCUGAGGCUGGACAAGAGAAUAUCGUUUGUGAAAACAACAAUGACAAAAAACCCAGUAAAAAGAAGCUUUUGGACUUCAGUGUACUUGCUGACUCAGGGCUUAUUAUCUAUAUUAUUGCAAAAUUUAUAGUUGUCCUCGGCCUGUUUGUUCCAACUAUUCUACUAGUCAACUACGCUAAGGACCAAGGAGUGCCUGACCAGGAUGCUGCCUUUUUGUUAUCUAUUAUAGGAUUUAUUGACAUCUUUGCUCGUCCCACGUGCGGCAUAGUGGCCGGUUUAAAAUGGAUCCGACCCAAGAUGCCUUAUUUCUUUAGCCUUGCCUUGCUAUUCAAUGGCCUAACAGAUGUUUGUUCAGCUACAAGCACUGACUAUAAGGGGCUGGUUAUCUUCUGUGUGUUCUUUGGGCUGUCUUAUGGCAUGGUGGGUGCUCUACAAUUUGAAGUGCUGAUGGGUAUUGUGGGAAAAAGCAGUUUUUCCAGUGCACUUGGACUAGUGCUUCUUUUUGAGGCAGUGGGUGUGCUGAUCGGACCUCCCUCUGCUGGAUUUUUGGUGGACAAGUACAAGAACUAUGAACUGAUAUUUUACAUGGCUGGAGGAGAGCUGAUCGCUGCUGGAAUAUUUCUUGCCCUUGCAUCAUUCUUCUUUAUUAGCUGGAAGAAACACAAAGACGCACAGCAGAAACAUCACGGUGAUGUGGAAAUCAAUCCUAAAAGAUAAACAACGGAGACAAAAAUGGGACACUUUUGUUUCGAUUAAUUAUGUUUUAUUUAGUUUUAUUCAUAUUAGUGUCUUAUACACUAUUGUGUGUGAGUGUGUUUAGAUUUUUCUAAUUUCUGUUGCAUAUAAAUGACAUAAUGCCACAAUCAGCACCACUUUUUUGACCAUGUGGGAAAUGUUAUUUUAUAUUCAUGUUGGUUUUAUGUAUUAUGUGCGUAUUAUGUGUUCAGAAAAUGUAAUGUCUUGUCUAAAUGUAAAAACUGAAAUAAC